AUGUCGAAGCUGGUCUGCCCUCUGAUUGUCCUUGGUUUACUUCCAGCUGUGGUUCCCCUCUUCUGUUACACCUGUGUGUUCCCCGCCAUCUCACCUCUGGACUGCAUCAAAUUUCCUCUCAUGUGUCCACCUGGGCAGGUCUGUCUGUCCAGCAGAGCUGUAGGCGAGAAAGGAGACUUCCGCGUGGUGUUAUAUGAGAAGAGCUGCGUCCUUUCCUCCCUGUGUGGAGUCACGGGUGAAAAAUACACCAUGGGACUCAACUUCACCUUCACCAAUGAAUGCUGCAACACACACCUGUGCAACGGAGCUGCAACACCUGCUACCUCCUACUGGACUGCCACAUUACUCACAGUACUUAUUUCCUAUUCAGUUUAAUGACUAGAAAAAUAUUACAGCAAUGUGAAAGAGAAGUAGUUUGACACACAUGAAGUGCCAUGAGUUGGCUUUUCCACCUUCUAAUGGACUGACAUUGGGUUUUAUGCAAGAACCACUCUUACGAACAGAUUACUUAGGAUUCUUAAGUGGCUUGUAUGAGUGAUUUAGGAGAACUUGCCAACUUUCUCUUAGACAAAAACACAAUUUAGGAGUGGUCCAGACCUGUUGUAGGACUCGUGCAAUUAUUCCUGUAUGAAUUACACUUCAUAAUUAUGUUGAUGAUAUUAUCCUGUUUGACCGUACAAUUCAAUAUCUAAUAUAAUUUUAAUUGUAUUCAUAUAGCCUAACAAUAUCAUCAUUCAUUUAAAUUGGCUAUUGUAGAACACUACAUUAUGAAUAUGAACAUCUCAAACUGCAAAAUGACUUAUUAUGCACAAACUGAAGGUUAACUUGUCUCUGUAUAUAAUAAGGUCAACUGGAAGUGUAAUCUUUUGGAUGCCUUAGCGCAUCAGUCCAGUGGAAGAGAGUGACAGUGAGCUGAUAUUUUAGCAGGGACAGAUAAAUGGUUGUUGUCACAGUUUAGAUUACCACGUGCUGUGCUUCUGCAAAUGUGAAAUUGUUAGAGCCACAACUCCACAGACAGACAGACCGAUCCAACCUUAUUCCCUUAAUUCCACUGCUGACACUGUUGCAAAUGUAAAACUUUCCUUCACCAACAGCAGGAAUUCUUUUUACUCUUCAAUGUCUUUUACAUGAAUGAACAUGUCCUGACAUAUUGGGCGAGAUGCAUAGCCUUAUAAUUGGGGUGCUAAUUAUGCUAAUUUACAAAUCUCAUGAACAUAACCUCAAUUAUGUAAAGAAAGCAUUCAUUAUGUUAACGU